UGGUUAAAUUCAGUGUGUUUCCAGGUAUGUAAUUAUAUUUAAAUUAAUCACGCCGCGGUCUCAGCUGUGCGUUUUCAAAGCGGCCUCGCGCUCGACGCCAAUCAGGAAGUUUAUCUAGUAGGCGUUUGUUCUCCAAACUCCUACUGAGGAGACCUGAGAUAAACAUGGGGAAGCUUAAUUUUUUUGUCCUUUGGUCCCUACGUGACGCCCCCCGCCAGUUCAUCAGCAAAUCCAACCGGAGCUGCUUCCAAGUCCACAUCCCGCUGCCUCUUCCCAAACAGCUGGUCAUCUUUGGCCUCGGAGAGUGGAAAUGCAGCGAGGCGACCAUCUCAGUGGAUGUUGUGGUCAGUGCCCAGUGCCCCGCCCAGAAAAUUGGCACUCUGUCAGCUCAAGCAAAGUGCCUGACCUGGGAGGGUGACUGGAGAGAUGACGUUGUCACAGUGGCAGCAGAGAGAGGCAGGAGAGGAGUUUAUGGCAAGAUUGUGCUCACAGUGUGUGGACAGGAUCAAGCCAGUGUCUUCAGCAGCACUCCUCUGGUUCAAAGGAAGUUUCUGUUCCCAGACCAGCAUGAUGCCACUGAUCUCUCCUGCACGUUACACCAGAGCGUUGUAAAUGACACGAUAACUUCCAACUCCUCACACCUGGGUGAUAGUGUUUUCUGUGCGGAGAUCCAAGUUAAUAAAAUUGACACCAGUGAGCCCACGGUGGGGAACAAACUCCCGCUUUGGCCUACGGAUAAGACCCCCAAACGGACAGUUAUUAGUAGGAGAGGCCGGCUGACAUGGAGCUCUGAGGACAUGGACAGUCUGGCAGAGGACAUAGAACAGGCUUCAACGCCCAAGAAAAUGAGGCUGUCCAGGAUGAACAGCAAAGAGGAAAUGAGUGUGCAGAUAAAAACGGAGACCAGAGAAGUUUCAGUGUGUCCAUCAAAGCGCUGGAGCCAUACCAUGUGCCUGAGUGACCCUGACACAGCCAUCCUCAUCGGAGGGGAGGCAGCGGAUCAACAUUACUGCAAGGACUCCCUGUGGAAGCUUGAGUUAGACAGUGACUUCUGGUUCCCCAUGAACUCCUCUGCAUCUGGGCCCGUGCCGCCGUGUGCCCGAGGACACUCCGCAACCUAUGACCCAGACUCUAAGUCGGUCUUUGUUUACGGUGGCCUGAGGGAGGGUCAGCGCUACAGCGAGCUGUACAUCCUUAACACUCUGACCUGGAAGUGGAAGCUUGUCACUGCAAAAGGGAGUGUUCCAAAUUUGGCACAUCACUCUGCAGCUUUUUAUAAGAAAGAGCUUUUCGUCUUUGGUGGAGUUCAGCUGAGCCACUCUUCUGUGGAUAAGACCUGCAGUAACACUCUGUACAUCUUCAACCCAGAGUUUGAACUCUGGUACCAGCCGAUUGUGGAGGGGGACAGACCUCUGCCUCGGUUUGGACACUCAGCCACACUGAUGUCACAGAGGUUGAUAAUAUUUGGUGGACGGAAGACUGCCACCUACCUGAAUGAUCUCCAUGUUCUAGAUCUGGGAUUCAUGGAGUACACAGCUGUGAAGUGUGGGAACAUGCCACCGCUGCCUCGAGGGUUUCAUGCAGCUGCACCAGUUGCAAACAACAGGAUAUUAGUCAGUGGAGGCUGCAGUGCAAUUGGAGCUCUGCAGGAUUUACACAUUUUCAACAUCGACACCAACAUGUGGAGCUCAGUGGCGGCUCCUCUGCUUUGCUCCAAGCCUCGUGCAGGACACAGCAUGAUGAACCUGGGCUGCUCCGUCCUAACAGAUGCAGAGAAGCAUGAACAGGAUGGAAACGUCAGUGUCUGCUGCACACUGCUGGUGUUUGGAGGAUCGGACUGCUCAGGCACCUUCUACAACGACACACUCAAGUGCACAGUGGAGAUUCCUGGUGACAAGUGAUUUGACAGAAUCUGUUCAGGACAAUUGGUUUUUUAUGGUUUUUAAACAGUGGAGAAUGCUGUGGUCUGUUCUGACAGAAAAAUACCAGUAUCUCCAUGUGUGUUUAUCUCUCAGUUUGUCUACAUGGUUGUUUGUCUUUACAUGUUGUGCAGUUUGUGCAUGAUGUAUUCUGUAGCUUACACUGUAUUGUCACUUCCUUUUAUUCCUUUGUCUCUUUUAAAACCAUCUAUACUUCCUCCAUACAGGAAAUAUGCUGCCAUAGGUGAGCUCAGUGGUUUUGCACUUUGCAUAGCAAAUCUGCAUGUGUUUCACAUUACUUUAUGUCCUCUACCCUGUCCCCAUGUAUCAGUAUGAAUUUGAGGGUAAAGUGCUGGA